AAUUCAAUAUUGGCUCGAAGCUUUAGUUUGGCUAUUCUUGAAGCUUUGAAACUCUGGAAAAAUUCAAACGCAAUUCUCUAGCAGAUUUUUUGUGCACUUGUAUGUGCCUGGAUAAACAGGCCAUGUCCUCGGUGGCUGAUGUUGUGCUGCAGUUUCUGCGCCGCACAAAGAGUGGCUUCAUGGAGCUGUUCGGGCAGCGUCGUCUGACGGGCACGGAGCAGGAGCCCGAAGAGUUCGUGCCCGAGCUGUUGGAUAUGCGUCAGCUGGAAUUGCGUGAGCAAGCACAGGAAAUGGAAAUGGAUCUAUAUUCCAUCUCGUCCAGCGAUGAUGACGAGGUGGAAUACUAUAUCUAUAAUCAAGACGAAAACAUCAACACCACUCGCGAGAUAGAUCUUACCGCCAAAAAGUUGGUACGCCCGCCCGUUGGCUACCACUGCAAAUAGCCAAUUCGAAGGGAAUGGGGUCUCUGAUUGGGCGAUCUGAUCUGUUGCAUAAUUUAAUUCGUUUUUAAUGUUGCCCAUCAAUUUAUUAAUAUAAAGCAAACGUAUU